CUUCUUUGUUUAGCAUUUAUAAUGUGAAGUCAGCACAAACAUUGUAAAAACGCUACAUCUAGAUAUAACUUCAAUAGAGACUCAGAGUCUAAAAUGGCUAGCUGUCACAGAGUAACAAGAUCUGUCAGCAUUGAUCAUGAAGAGAAGCCACAUAUGAAGUCAGCGCCUGUGCUAAAGGAUCUAAUGAAGGAACUUGUCUCUGUUGUCAACUGGCAACUGCUCAUGAUCAACAUGGGAGUGGAAAAGUUUGAAAAUGAUAAGAUAGAAAUUAAUUUCCGGUGCGAUAUUGAUCGACAAAAACAGGAGGCCUUUGACAAGUGGUUGAGGAUGAAACCUGAUGCUUGCUGGAAGGAUGUCAUUGAUGCUUUGUAUAAAAUGAAUGAUAUCACACUAGCUAGUAGUCUUGCUAGGAAAUACGACUGGAAAGACCCAAGGAAAUUUGUAAACUGGAGUUUUUUAAGUGCCUCAAAGGCUGCUCGCAUCACUGCCAAGAAAUUAGUGAUAUUCCGUGUCGAAGAUUUCUUCCUCACAUUCGUCCUGGAAGAGAUUACUACACCUUAAGAGAUGAAUCAGUGCAACCAAUAAUUGAUGAAAGAUCAGCAGCAGCCAGGACAAAGCGAUUCUCACGUAUCUUACAAACUAUUCCACGCCCCCACAGUCUGGCCGAUUUCUUUAAGAGCAUUGAAGAUAGUAGCAGUAAGAGUGACUUCAGAGUUGGACUUGAAGCAAGGUUUGGACAUGUGUACUUGAAAAUGUACCCAGAAAGUGCAGAACGUCACACAAACUCAACUGAAAAGGAGUGGAUAAGUUCCCAGUUGCUCAAAACAACAUCUUUCAGCACUGAAGUGGAAGAAGCUGAUGUUGAGCAACUGUUCACUGGAAGGGAACAGCUCGGGAAAGAGAUCACUAGAAUAACCUUGAAGUUCAGAGUAGAGGGUCAAGAUGAAGGGGUCUACUCAGCUGUCAUUUCAACGUAUGAAGAUGGGGAUAUGAUCUACCUGGAUGCUGUGUACAGAGAUACAGACACUAAGAAUAAAGCAAGAUUAAAUGUUGCUUUACCAGGACAGAAGUAUGAUUUGAGGAUGUCAGAAUGUUCUCAGUGCAUCCUGUUAGCUGAGCACCAAAACAGUAAUCCAUAUCAGAUGGCUCAAACCAUUACUAAUGCAUUGUGCAGACUUCCGAAUAGAAAGUUUCGUGUCAUUCUCUAUGCGUCCUUUCGAAACAAGGAAAGCACUUGGAAAGUCAAGUACAUUCGACAGCGCGUGCAAAGGCAGUACAAAUGGAAACCAGAGAAAGGGUGGAUUCUGGCCCGGUAUGAUGUCGAUAUCUUAGACUAUGACACAAAGCAAGCUGUUGUUGACUCUGCCCCACUGAAUGAAGGAGUGGACAUUGAGUUUGACUACUCAAGGAAAGAAGUUGAGCUUUGGGGUCAAAACAUAUUCCCAAGAAAUGUUAGUGACACCCACCCCUCAAAAGACAAGUACUACUACAUGGAAGGGAUUGAGGGAGUGCGACUGCCUGGGGGGGAACUCAGGGAGCCGUACAAUUGGACCACUGAGAAACUGUUGAAAGAUUUCGAGGAGUUUCUGGGAGAUGCAUUCAAGAUUGCUCACAUCCUCGAUGGGUCACCUAACUAAAAUGCCUUCUGUCAAUUUUUUAGUUUAUUGAACACUUAACUAUUGUGUACGUCAGAUAGACCACAAAGCACAUAAAGUGGUGUGUGGUGUAAUUAUUAAAUAUUUGUAUAAAGAAUUUUCAAAGUGUACGGUGACUAUUUUUAAUCCUGAAUUCCCAACA